CUCCGCAUCUCAACACUUCACAUCUUACAGGCAGCAGGAUACGAUGCUGUUCAAGCAAACUCAAUGUCCGUUCUGGUGGAUUGUCUAGGAAAAUACCUAUCCUACCUAGCAGAGUCUGCCAAGGAGUUUGCAGAGCUCUCUGGAAGAUCUCAGAUCACGGCAUUUGAUGUUGCAUUUGGCUUAUCGGACCUUGGUAUCGAGUUAUCAGAUUUGAAGGAAUGGCUCAAAGAAAAUGGCGGAGAGAACAUUGUGGCA